AAAACAAAGUACCAAGAAAUUGUCACCCGCAGAGCAAAAUUAUGAAAUUGGGAACGGGGAGCUGUUGGCCUUUAAGAUGGCCCUGGAGGAGUGGCGCCACUGGCUGGAGUGGUCAGCACAACCAUUCAUUAUAUGGACUGAUCAUAAGAACCUUGCCUACCUACGCUCAGUUAAGAGAUUAACAUUUUUUUAAUUGUUUCUAUAACUUGAACUCGUUUUUUUUUUUUAAUUCUUGUUGUUUUAUUUUAAAUUAUUAUGCACUAAUACAUAAGUUAAUAUAUCAAUAAUUUCAAAACAUGUUUUUCCCUAGUAAUGUUUUCUAAUAUUUAUUCAAAAUGUCAUAAAAAUUUAAUCAUAACUUCGAUUAAUAAAUAGUAGUAUUCAGCAAACCAAACAAUAAAACGCAAUUUUUCACUGCUAUUGAGGAAAAAACGUGAAAUUAAUCAAAAGCUACUGUUCUAUUUUUAUGUUCACUAACUUUUGUGGUUCUUUUUUUACUUUUUCAGCUAUGUAACUUCGAAUUCUUGAGCAUUUUCAAUUAUUUUAUUUUUAAUAUUUUAUUUCCACAGGGUCACUGACCGGAAGCUCCUCCUACGUCAUGUUCUAGUUCCGGUUCUAAAUACGGAAGUGAUCAAAUCGUGUAGCAAACUAUUCAAAGCAUGUGAAUCUACCGCUGUUCGCUUUGUAUCUUUCACAUAAGAUCCAUACUAUUCUACUUUGUAGCAAUUCAGCUUGACCGUUUCAAGGUUUAAACCUUAUUUAUAUUAUUCUCCACUAUUAGUUGUAACUCACAACUGUAGGUUAGAAAUGGCAGCUGCUCAGAAUCCAGUGAAAAACGUGCCUGUGAAAAAACACCCCAAUUCUGUCCAAAAGGUCCCACAAAUUUACUGCAUUUUGUGCCGCAAGGAAUACUCAAAACCUGAUGGACAUGAGCACAUGCAUAGCAUGCUGCAUCAUAGAGAACUGGAGGCAGUCCUGGGCAAGAAUGCCCUCCAUGAUUGUCUGGCUUGCAAUAAGUCCUCCUUGGGUCUAAACGAGUACGCGGAGCACAUCUCAACAGCUCAGCACCAAGCAAGGUUGAAAAAUUUGCAGGCCAGAAAUGUAAAACCCGUUUCUGUGUUCAAAUCUUUGAGCAAGGAGACUGUCGGAAAGAUUCUGAAGAGAAACAAGGAGCUAAAAAAAGAAGAGCGGAAAGUUUUGAAAAAGAAUAAAAAGAAAACUAAGCAGGUGGCUGCUCAAAAACGUGCCAAUCAGCAGCAGGGAAUGGUUGCAAAAAAGAAGAUCAAUCAAAAAUUCAACCAAUCGCAGAGGAGAUUCUCAAAUCCGAUGCAGCAAAGUACCAACUACCCAGUUGUGCUAAACAAAGAGAACAAGAUAUCCGGCGCUCUCGUCGGCAAAGACCCAGCCCUGCAGAAUCAAAGCUGGAGGCAGACUUGUUAUUUUGACCAUCAACUCCAACUAGGUCAGGACACGUUCCCUCAAUCAGCUCGCCACAUCAUAUUUGAUGACGGUUUUCCCGGUAGCCACCAGGAUAGACUAGAGAACUCUCAAAUGGAUGGAGCGCAGAUGAACCAAAACCAUAAGACGACGCCGUCUGUCAACCAGAACCAGUAUUUCUGUGGACAGCAUACCGGUUUUCGACAGAGAGACUUCAAGAGUGACGUCCCGCCUGAGAAUGGCGCUUUAGGGUUCAAACGUUGCCAAGGUGAUAGAACGGCUCCUAACCCCGCAGAUCGACUUGCAUCCGAAAACAAAACGGCUCCCAUGCAAGACGUGGAAGUCGGCACCAUGCUGAAGCAAAUCCGACGGGCUCUGGGUGUAAGGGAGCCGUGCAGAGCCGAGAGAGAAGCCCGCAGGCAGAAGUGCGAGGCCUGCGCUCAUGCGACAGGCGCUCCAAAGCAAGCAGAGACAGCGGGGAAGUCCAUCGAGAGUCCACACUCGGCUCCGACUGCGUCCUCAUCUGCUGGUGUUUGUAGAAUCACUACGCCGAAGCCAAAACUGUCAAUAACUGUGACAAACAGUGGAAAGGAAGACUCAAGAAGUACCGGACUCUCUGAGUCCAACACGGUCAGCAGCCGGAAGGUUCGACUUGCCCAAAAAUCAAAUGAAAUUAAUGCCUCCAAACCCGAUUUGGACAGAAGCUUCACCCCAACUGGAGCCGACGAUAAACUGAACUGGAGACAAGUGUAUGAAGAGAUUGAAAAAAAGAAAAGUGAAAGGACUCCAAGGUUUGGAAUCAACUUGUCAAACCAUCAGCCCGACCUUCAAAGCUCCGUAAGGGACGCUGACCUGCCUCUAUCCGAAGGUUUUCACUGGGAGACGAUUCCACACUGCUCCGCCUCGCCUCACCUCACUCCACCGCCUCCACCCCGUUUCACCUCCCCUGGGGUGGCGUCCGAUUCUCAGGUGGAGGAGUCUCCGCAGGAACGUGUAGCAGGUCAGACGGCAGUAAAGGUGAAGGAAGAGGCGAACUGGGAGGAUUGUGAGAUGAACGCCAACAAGAGGAAAUCGAAUUCACUGACACUGGAUGACAAUUCAACUAGAAAAAAGAAGAAAAUAAAGUCGAAUUUGGACCAGGAUCACAUGGAUCAUCUGCUAGCGGUGUCGCUAAAAGAGGAUGAGUUGAGCCGCGCGCUGCAGGAUCUGGACCAAUCUCUGAUCCAGGCCAGAAACGCCAUGCAAGCCGCUUACGCCGAGGUCCAAAGACUCGUGCUGCUAAAACAGCAGCUUACAGUUGAAGUGAACGGUUUGAGAGCGAAGCGUAUCGAGAUCCUUCAAGAAAUGCAAGAAGGUUACUCUGGAGCAGCAGAAAGACCGACCACCUCCUCUGCUGCUCUGCUUCCUCCCACAACAGCCAAUCAGCAGCCGUUUAGCCCCUUCCCGAAUCCCCUGGCGCUGUCGGCUACCGUGGUCACCGCCGGACAGCCCAGCCUCUUGUCCGGUACCGCCGACGUUCCUCAGGUGACCCCGCCCGUGCCUUUGUUCCCGCCCAAUCUGCUCCUCGGGCCACCCUCUCUUACGGACGCAGGAAAGGGGACUAAAGAACCCCAACCGAAAGAGUUGAUAGAGAAGGUUGGGAACGAGGCUGUUCCCGAGGAACCGGAUAAUCCGGAGGAUGGCGGGAACGAGAGCGACGCGUCGGUGGAAAUGGUCAGCUCCUCUAAGGUGGAGAUCAUAGAAGUCGACGAGUCCGAGUGCGAGGAGUCGCACUCAAAGGAGGCUGUGAAUGUGGAAGUCAGUUCUACGAGCACGCAGACGCCUCGAGCUGAAAGUAAAUUCCAGCCGGAAAAAGACGAGGUUGCUCCUGCAGAAUCCGUGGAGGAUCAGGAACCGUCGGUAGGAACCUUUUCAAGUCACGCCGGCCCCGUUCACGGCCUGCAAAUCCACGACGGCCUUCUGUACACAUGUUCAGGGGACAACACCGCUCGAGCUUACGACCUGCUGACCAGAGAGUGCCAGGCCGUGUUUCAGGGUCAUACCAACAAAAUCAACUGUCUGCUGGUGUCAUCGGUGCCAAACCUGCCGGCACGCCUCUACACGGGCUCCAGCGACCAGACCAUCCGCUCUUUCAGCCUGAAGUCAAAGAGGUGUCUGGAGCAGAUCUCCCUUCCAGACCGGGUGUUGUGUCUGCACGUAGCCUGGAAUAUUCUUUACGCCGGGCUUGCCAGCGGCUCUGUCAUCAGCUACGAUCUAAAGACUCUGAAGGAGCUGGACGUGUUCGAGUGCCACGGCCCCCGCGGGGUGAGCUGUCUGGGCACGGCUCAGGAGGGCGCCCGGCGGUUGCUGCUGGUCGGGUCGUACGACAGCACCAUCAGCGUCCGCGACGCUAAGAGCGGCCUCCUGCUGCGCUCACUGGAGGGCCACACCAAGACUGUCCUCUGCAUGAAGGUGGUUAAUGACCUCGUCUUCAGCGGCUCCAGUGACACGUCCGUGCACGCCCACAACAUCCAUACCGGAGAGCUGGUCCGGAUCUAUAAAGGUCACGGUCACGCCGUCACAUCUAUUGUCAUCCUGGGAAAGGUGAUGGUGACGGCGUCUCUGGACAAACUGGUUCGAGUUUACGAGCUGCAGUCUCACGACCGCCUGCAGGUGUAUGGCGGUCACAGCGACAUGGUGAUGUGCAUGGCUGUACAUAAGAGUUUGAUUUACACAGGCUGUUACGACGGCACCAUCCAAGCCGUGAAACUCAACUUGAUGAAGAACUACCGAUGCUGGUGGCAAAGUUGCUCCCUGAUCUUCGGCAUGGCGGAGCAUCUCCUGCAGCACCUCGUCGGCGAUCACACCCACCCCAAUCUGCAGACGGUCAAAUGCCGCUGGAGAGGCUGCAACGCGUUUUUCUCCACACAGCAAUCGAUUAGAAAAGAGCUGCCGGAACACAUGCAGACCCACAUAGACAACGACAGCAUGCAGCAGCCUUGAUGAGAGAUCCACUCCAGACUUCAUCACUAAUCUGCAGACUGAAGAUGUUUCAAGAUUAAAUGAAUUCUGGUUGUUCUUCUGUAAAAAUUCCCAAAAAGUUAACAGAGAAUCAGAUUAUUCUGAUCAUGUAUAGUCAAUAAUGUAGACAAAAUUAGAUAAUAUUUCCAUAACGUGUGCAUACAUUCAAUUAAAACUAAUUCCUGUUUUAAGGAGGAAUAUUUGCAGUUUUUAUUGUUUAAACCACUGCCUACAUUACCCAUAAUGCCAGGAUUUCUUCUGCAAACCUCAACAGUCUUGCUUUUAAUUCAGAUUACAUAUUAAAUAAAUAAAUGAAGCUACAUUUCAAUCUAACUGCUUCUCCUGAUCAAAUUUUUGAUAUUGUGACACUUCUGCUUAUAUCUUUAUAAACUCUUAUUUCAAACUAAAAUGUCCAGAUAGUAAUGUUUGCCUCAUGCUGUGAGUCCAGGAGAAUUAUGGGUAUUGAAACAAUAAAGACCGAUAGAGAAACUUUA